AGCAUUAGAUAGGCAGUGGCCGUCAGUCGGGCACGAAGAACGAGUAGUCGGCGUCCAACCGUGUCAGCGAUUGAGCGAAUUGAAAAACGACAGUACGUGGCACGUGACAUAUCAUACAGAAUUACGGAGGAGGGGAGGAGGAGAAGGAGGAGGGGAAGGAGACUCAUUCCUCGCCUAUUUCUGACUUGAAAGAAAGCUCGUUCUUUUUUUUUUUUUUUUUUUUUUUUUUCCCCCCUCCCUUUUCUUUUCUUUCUUUCUUCUCUUUUGCCCAACGACGAUACCCAACAGACGCGGAGCGAUGGGAACGUUUCUACGUUUCCUCGGGAUUUCGUCAUCGGACGAUAACAGGAUCGAUCAGGCGACAGGGUUGACCGAGAGGCAGAAGAAAUUGGUGCAGAACACGUGGGCAGUCGUCAGGAAGGACGAGGUGGCUUCCGGGAUCGCCGUGAUGACCGCAUUCUUUAAAAAAUAUCCGGAAUAUCAGCGAUACUUUACCGCUUUCAUGGACACUCCCUUGAACGAAUUGCCGGCUAAUAAACGGUUUCAAGCUCAUUGUGCCGGCGUAAUUACCGCUUUAAAUAAUGUUAUCGAUUUCUUGCACGACCCGGGAUUAAUGGAGGCUAGCCUGAUCGGUUUGGUCGAAAGGCAUAAAAAACGCGGCCAAACGAAGGAAGAAUUCCAGAACUUGAAGGAAGUAAUGUUGGAAGUUCUUCGCCAAGCGUUGGGGAAGCAAUACACGCCGGAAGUGGCCGAGGCGUGGAACAAAACUUUGGACAUGAUGUUCGGGAAAAUAUAUCAGGUUUUCGCUUCUUGAAGAACGAGACGAGUUUAUCCGUUAUUAUUUCCUCUCUCUCUCUCUCUCUCUCUCUAAUUUAGUCGAUUAAAAAUUGCAUCAUAUAUAUAUAUAUAUAAAAUAAAUAAUUUUACUCGCGAUUUACAAAUUAAAAAUUGAAAGAAACGAAUAGAAGAAUAUUUCGAAAGUUUGAUAUGGAAAUAUAUAUUUUUAAAAUGAUUUCUGUGAACAAUAAUAAUAUUAUAUAUAUAUGUAUAUACGAAUAUAAUAUUGUUUUACGUUAUUUUGUGUACCUUACUGUUGUGUAUUUCGCACAACAAAUUGAUAUAUAUUUUAAUUAAAGAUACGCAACUAUUAUUUAA